AUUCUCGGCUGUUACAGACAGAGCGGCAGACUCAAGAGUCGCAACUAGGCGGUGCAGGAUGGUGUGAACUUCAGUGAAGACCUUGAACGAAACUGUUCUCUGACUUUUAAACUACCGAACUCUCUUCUCCUGUCCCGUCCGGCCUAGUGCUGGACUUUUAUUUUGUUUUGUUUUCACCUUAAGGUUUUUCCUUUUUCAUUAAUAUUAAUUUUGCAUGUGAGCGUCUGUGUGACAGUGAGACUGACAUGGCUGAGGCACCGCCACUACCGACAGCGCCGGUCGAAAUAGACCCAGAAUUUGAGCCUCUCUCCCGUCCGCGGUCCUGCACCUGGCCGCUGCCCAGGCCGGAGCUCAACGACCCGGCCAGCUCCAACACAUCCUCCCCGGCACCGUCGGUGCAGCAGGAGCCGGGAGCUAACGCCGAGUUCAUCAGCAACCUCGGCUUGUUAGAGGAGGACUAUGAAGAGUACGCUGAGCACAAACCGCCUGUGCCCUGCAAUGAUUUUCAGUGUCGGGAGGAAAAGUGUGCGCAUCAACACCACCACCACCACCACCACCAUCAUCAUCUUCAGCAGCAGCAGCAGCAGCAGCAGCUACCGGGUCCGCAGCUGCCGCCUCAGCAACAGGUGCCUCCUCCCGGUGUCGCACCCUUGGGCGGCUGCGGCCAGAGGAAGAGCAGCUCGUCCCGUCGCAACGCCUGGGGCAACAUGUCGUACGCUGACCUCAUAACCAAGGCGAUAGACAGCUCACCUGAGAAGAGGCUGACAUUGUCUCAGAUAUACGACUGGAUGGUGAAGAGUGUCCCUUACUUCAAGGAUAAAGGGGACAGCAACAGCUCCGCGGGCUGGAAGAACUCCAUCAGACACAACUUGUCUCUGCACAGCCGCUUUGUACGCAUACAGAAUGAGGGAACAGGAAAAAGUUCUUGGUGGAUGCUGAACCCAGAGGGGGGAAAAAGCGGAAAGUCACCUCGACGUAGAGCUGUCUCUAUGGACAACAACAGUAAGUUUGCCAAGAGCAGAGGAAGAGCCACAAAGAAAAAGAUGGCUCUACAGGAAGGGGUUGAGAGAGGAGCGGGCAGCCCUGGUUCCCAGUACUCUAACUGGCUGGGGAGCCCACACUCCCACAGUAACGAGGACUUCGAAGCGUGGAGUUCCUUUAGGACACGCGCCAGCUCUGACGCCAGCACCCUAAGUGGUCGCCAUUCACCUUUCCCUUCUGAACAGGAUGACCUGGGUGAGUCUGAUGGCCACAUGAUGUAUCCUGGAGCGCCGGGGACCAAGAUAACCUCCACCCUGCCUAGCCUGUCCGAGGUGACUGGAUCCAUGGGCCAACAUGGUUCAGAGAUUGUCAUGGAAAGUCUGCUGGAUAACUUGAACUUGCUGUCCCCUAAAGCCCCCCAGCUGGGUUCUGACUCUUCACGUUCCCCAAAUGCUGCUAUGCUUCAGAGUAGCCCUUACAGCUCCACUGGCUUGACCCCGCUCCCACAGCAGGACUACCGUAAGUGCAUGUACAGCCAGGUGAGGAUGAACUCCCUGUCCCCUGCUCCCAUGCAGACACUCCCAGAGACUAAGCCGGGCUUUAGGGCUUAUGAGAACCAGUAUAUCUGCCCCGCUGGCCUCCUCAAAGAGCUGCUGACCUCAGAUGCAGAUACCAGUAGGGACAUGAUGCCCUCUAGGGAUACACAUGUGCCUCAGGUUGGGAGGGUAGGUUGCCUAAUGCCCACUUACAGCAGUCAGAGCCACAUGGGGGGUCAUAAUGGAGUCAAAAUGAUGAAUCCUCUACAGAGUCACCCAGUUCCUCAUGUUAAUCCACAAGUUAUACAUAGCCAGGGUUCUUCAACCUCACGAGACUUGAAUAGCUGUAACAUGAUCCCCCUGACUAGUCUUUCAGGGGCCCCUCCUCGAAUGACCAGCCUGAGGACAUGCAUGCAGCUGCCCCGUGGACACCCAGCACACACUAAUGAUGUCUCCGCAAGCUACGGCAGCAACAAUGGCUACAGGGAACUUAACUCAGUUCACCCACAUGGUCAUCAUCAGGAGCGGCUGCCCAGUGACCUGGACAACAUGUCCCUUGAGAGGUUUGAAUGUGACAUGGAGACUGUCCUCCAUGACACCCUCAUGGAUGGUGGGGCGUUAGACUUUAACUUUGACACAGCAGCUGCGCCUCAUGGGUUUCCCCAGAGGGUGAAGACCACCACACAUAGCUGGGUGUCAGGCUAGAAUGAAUGGUGGCGCACAAACAGGUUUUUCUCAGCAUCACCUUCAUUCAGAGACUGGAAAAUAUAAAUCCAAAGAAGCCAGCACCAUCACUCCAGACAGAUCAUCUGACAUGUGAAAGUUAUUUUCAAAAAUGUAUAUAUUACUUUACAUUUAAGAAAGAAAACAAAAGAAGUUUAUCAUUCAGAUACCAACAAUGAAAUAAGACACAAGAGACAGAACUGUUGUCAUUUAUAACAACAUUGAACAUUUUAAGAUAGCUUUGCAGAGAAAAAAUGAAGAGGAGACAAGGAAACUAGCUAUGUUUACAAUUGAAAACUGGAAAUAUGUAUAUAUUUGUUUAUUUUAGCAGAUUCAUGGCAUAUAAAAAUAUACAUUACACUUUAUUACAUUAGACAUAAGAAAACAGUGUUAGAGUCCCUGACUAAAAAAAGUAAAGCUUAAUUAAUUUCCCAAAAUGUAUGAUUUGUGGCCAGUCUGACAUUGGGGCAACACUGCUCAAUCACUUUUUGUAUUAAGACUUUGCGACAGUCGAUAGGCCCAGCUGACAAUUCCUGUGGGAAAAGGUGCAGUGGGGGACCCAACAGCUCAAUUAUAAGUGAGGUAUAAUUUGAAAAUUGCACCCAAAUACAUUCUAAUGGACCAAAAACCUGCUAAAUCUGAGUGACAAGAAUUUAAACGGUUAAAUUUGAGAAAAUCUUUUAAUCAUCAUUUAUGGCAAAUGAUCACACAUUUUAACCUAGUAAAAUCCUUAGUGCAGAUGAUACACUGGUUUAUAUCAUAAACCAGUGUAUCAUCUGCAUAGUGGCACAUAUAGUGAAAUAUUCUGAUUGGCAUACACACAGCUUAAAUGUUUAUAGAAAGAUGUAGUGGUACAGUGCUGUCAAAUUCAGCACUCGAGUUGAAUGUCAGCCAUAUCUCUUCACCAUUAGAUGUUAUUAGAGACGAGCUGCAUCUGAAAUGAAUCCAUCGUUCAUAUACUGUAGGAAGGUAUUUAUUUUUUUACUUUAAUUGUAGCUGUUGAAUUCAUGCUUUUUACUUUGUAUGCUUGUAAAAAUAUGUGUGCUUAUGCUGUGUACAAUGUAUAUACUGUAUUGAGUUACAUAUUUUUAUUCUGUAAUUUGAUUAAUUAAAGUAAUUGACUACUCAAAUAAGGAAAUUACAUAAUACAUUAGAAAUGUUCAUUGAAAACAUUUUUAAAACCACAUUGGGUAAACUGGAAAAAGCCUCAAGUUGAAAUCAAAGCUGUUUUUAUCUCUCCCUGAAAAAGGGACAUUUUGGAGAUUUUCUUGACUACUCUGAUAGUGAGAGUAGCAGUAGGUGGAGAGGCUGAUGAUAAAAUCCUAAACUGACUGGAAAUGGAUGAACGAUUACCUUGCUUGCUAGUUACCUCCCAGCGGCUGCAGUUUUUAUGCACCAAAGAGUUAUUUACUACUCUACCAAACACAUUUCAAAGAAAGUGUGCCAAUUCACUGUGCCUACAUGGUCUCAGACUUAUAAUGUUGUACAUAUUAUUUUCUUUACAUUUUUGUAUAUGAAGUGUUUACAUGAGGAUAAUACUGACGUAAUACUGUAUGUAUGAUUGUGUUAGAAAUGUUUGUUUACAUAUUUGAGUCCAAACUAUAUCAAUAAAUACAUGAACGCUCAUACCUCAAAAUAUUUUACCUCUGAAUUGUUGAAGGGAUUUUUCCUGCCAUUUUCCUCAGUGAGUGAAGUAUUGAAUUUGUCUUCAUUUUUGACAUACAUAGUUUUGUACAUAUUUUGUUUUCUCUUUUUUGUAUUUGAUUAAUGCUGUUUGGACCUGUUCACAGUAAUGUAUCGUCUGCCUUUGUAUUUCUAAUGUUUCUUGUGUUUAAGGAUUAUAGCCAUUCGUUUCUAGUAAAUAUUUUGUGAAUUUUAGUAAAUAAUUUUAAAUUAAACAUGAAUUUGUGUGAAAUUAUAGAUUUUAAAAUAUUUUUAAAAACAUAAAUUAAUCGCCUCAGACAAAACUCAAGGAAAGAAAUUCAGUAAAUUUAUAUCGUGGAAUAAAACUACCACCAAAAAUAAAUGUGUGAUACAACCUGGCACCAAUGAGAUUUUGUUCAGUUUAAGAAAGUAAAAUUUGUCAAAUUUCAUUAUAAAAAAGAGAGUAUAAUGCAUUUUUAUAUCUUUGACAUUACACAAAUGAUCUCAUACAUUUUCAGGAAAAACUGAAUGCAGUCUUAUUUUGUCUUUUAUAUCCACAUCCAGGUAUUUUUUUUUAAAAAUGCAGUUUUUUUAAUGUAACACAUUCAAUGCAUAAAUCACCAUGUGAACUUGCAAUUAAAGGAAGAAAAACAAAA